AUGUCUAACGGCACUAACAGGGUCUGGUUGGCACUAACAACUACUUGGACCUGGGAGCUCAUCGGUUGGCUAAUUGGCUCCUGGUACAGCAUUGCUGUAGCAGAGGAUUAUGCAACUGGUACACUUCGUCAUCAGCUCAUCCACAAGAGAGAGAGAGAGAUAGAAAAGGGAAUGAGUGUAAAGAAGCCGAUCGAUCUGCUCUAA